CGUUGCUCGAUUCGAUCCAUCGGCGCCAUCGCCAUCGCCACCAUCAUCAUCAUCAUCCGCGACGCACCUCCUGCCAAGCCCAAACCGGGCACUCGGCCCCGACCAGCCAGCCUGCUGCUGCUGCUGCUGCUCGUCGUCGUUCCCCUGCUCUAUAUAGGCUUUUGCGCGUGACCCGAGCGUUCCCUCUCAUGCCGCGAGCGCUCCACUCUCGAUCUCCAGCCGUCUCCGACCCUCACUCAGAUUUGCCCACUGUCGUCAGGCGCUCCAGCUCAGGACUAGGCCCUUCCGCCCCCGUGCUCCAAGUGCGCAGGCCCAUGGCUUCGUAUGGCGUCUCGUUCGCUCCCGUGGCCACUGCCGUUCACGUCUUGGGAGUGCUCGUUCUCGCGCUCAUUCUCUACUGGGUGAUCGCCUUCAGAGGUGGUGUGACCCUAUGGGGCUCUGCGCCAGCUCUCAUCUUCAAUGCUCACCCGGUGAUCAUGUUCGGAGGUUUCAUAUUUGUAUCUAGUGAAGCUAUUUUGGUGUACAAAACGCUAUCCGGCACUAAAAGAUCGAAGAAGUUGGUGCACAUGAGCUUGCAAGCUAUCGCUUUUCUCCUAGCUCUUGUCGGUAUUUGGGCUGCUUUGAAGUUUCACCUGGACUCGAAUAUCGAUAACUUCUACAGUUUGCACUCGUGGUUGGGUAUAUUCACAGUCGUGCUGUUUUUCAUCCAGUGGAUCGCUGGAUUUUUCUCCUUCUGGACUCAGAGCGUUGCUGGUUCUACAAGAGCUGCCGUUUUGCCUUGGCAUGUAUUCUUUGGCAUAGGCGCAUACGUGCUCGCCGUUGCAACUGCAGUUCUUGGGUUUUUGGAGAAGAUAACCUUCUUACAAAGUGGUAGUCUGGGUCACUAUGCCAGUGAAGCCAUGUUUGUGAACACUGUGGCACUGUUGGUGGUUGUCUUUGGGUUCGUUACUGUUUUGGCAAUUCUCAUACCUGCACCCAAGGAGGAGGACGGAUAUCAAGCAAUCGAGAUGGGGGAUCUACUGCACUUUUCGAUGGCAUAGCGCAAUCAGUUGACACGUGAAGCCAGUGUUAAUUUUCCAACACACACCCAUUUCGGCUCCCAAUUUUCUCCAAUAUUCCUUGAUCCAUACUUGCGCUGAUUGCAAGUUUGAUUUCAUUUCACAGUCCAUCCUCUGAAGACUUUUUACCGACGUAAGUAACGUUACAACUAAAUGUGGAAAUGGUUGAAGUCAGGAAUGUGAGACAAAUUCUCUGGCACAUACCCAUUCGUCGGAACGUUGAAGAGGAAUCAGAAGGCAGACGUGAAAGUUAUCAGUCACCCGAGUAAGUAUAUUGCUUUCUACAACUCGCGUAGGUUGUUUGUCAUCGAAAGAGUACUUUAAAAUCAUGUAUGAAGUAACGUGGAGAUAUGGAGAUGAAUAGUCGAAUUGAGUAAAAAUUACAAACUUUUGAAAGUUUACUAUCAACGUUGGAUCCAUAAAUGACACUCUUAUCUGUCAAGAUCAGAUAAGUAGAGAAGGAAUGGUCACCAGUCUAGAAAUAAAAGUAAACAUUAGGAUACUUAUAAAACACAAGUAGGCCACCAGGAGGGGAAACAACCUAAGCUUAUUAACCUCUGUGAACCUUACAUGACCACUUUUUCACCAGUUGAAACUACGUAUAAGUGCAGCUUUCAGAUAUCUUGAUCUAUAAAUAGUUCACAAUUCGAAGAACUGGAGGUCAGAGGGAGUUCCCUGUGAUCAUCGUGUCCAAACGGUAUCCACUAUAUUACAAAUUGAGAAAGCCCAUAUGCUUUUGUUGUACAGCGGAAUUUGUU